CUUGUCAAUGUCAAAAGAAGUAAACAAAUAACAAUACCUAGAAUUUAGAAUAGAACAAAACAGAAAUAAAUAGAGUUGUUGGCCAAGUUUGCGUGGGAAUUCAUUUAGUUUGUAAACAAUUAUUUAUUACAUUACAGAAAUUACAACGUUUUGUAGAAGAUAUUACAAAAAAAAUAUGGUUUCUCCUGAUUGCGACGUGACGGUUCAGAAAACUACGAAGGUUUCCUGAGGGUUUUAUAUAAAACAUCGAUAGGUAUCACUUCCGAAGUGGUAAAUAUUUUAUUUCAGGAAUUACAGAAAUGAAGUACAUGUAUCAGUAAAAUAGAUGUAAUCCUAUGUGGGAUAUACCGUUGCCUUGCCUUCCGCAAUGUCCGCGCCAGAAUUAGUAGAAGACUUCUUUGGAGUCUAUUUGUUAUAUUGUACAAAUCCUAAAUACAAAGGUCGAAUUUACAUUGGUUAUACUAGAGACCCCAACCGACGAAUUAUGCAACAUAACAGAGGAACUUGGGCUGGGGGCGCUUACCGCACCAGUAAUAAAGGGCCUUGGAAAAUGGUGUUGAUUGUGCAUGGCUUUCCAAAUAACAUAUCAGCACUAAGAUUUGAAUGGGCGUGGCAGAAUCCUACAAAGUCGAUUAGGUUACAGCAUCUUAAUCUCAAGAAGAUACCAAGAAAAGAGUCGGAAUUCCAAUUCAAACUGCGUGUUAUGACAGAAAUGGUCAGAGUAGGCCCUUGGUGUCGCCUCCCGUUGAUAAUUAGGUGGCUCGAAGAAGAAUAUUUUGAAGAAUUUCCUAUUGAGAGAAACCCACCCGAACAUAUGAAGAUCUGUCGUGGGCUCGUGAAAAGCAGAAAUUUGAAGAAAAACAUAAAACGAACAGCCAUAUACGAAGAAUGUCAACUGUGCUUCAGUUAUAUCACCACUAACACCUCAAAAGUUAGCUGCGUGAAUCCCGGCUGUGUAUUAAUAAGUCAUUUGAUUUGUCUAUCAAAACUGUUCCUUCAACCGUGUGAAUUUUUACCCGUAGGAGGAAUAUGUCCGUUUUGUAGCACUUACUUGAAAUGGGGUGACUUGAUAAGGAAAAUGAAAGGCUGUAAUGACGGCGUUAACGUUGGUGGAGUAGAUGAGGAAAACGUGGAAUAUAUGGAAGACGAUGAAGGCAGUGACCGGGAAGGCUUAUGUUCUCAAGACAAGGGAUUUGUUGUUAACGAAUCUCGCUGGUCGCUUGAAUGUGAUGAUUUAUGACGUAAAUAUAUAUAUUUUUUAAAUAAUUCGCAUUUUUUUGUCUUAGUAAGCAUCGUCAUCUCAGCCCUUUUCUGCCCACAGCUUAACAUAGACCUCUCUUUUACGCUAACCUUCGUAGUACCUCAGUAGUAACUACCUAUUGGUACUUUUGUGGUAAGCAUAAGUAACUUUAUAUUCUGCAACUGUGUCUCCGGAUCACAAGUGAUAAAAUAUACUAUCUAGUACUAUUAAAUCUUCAAUUGAACGUUAAAAUAAAAGGAAGCUAGUUUCAAGAAGAUCUUUAAUUCUGUACAAAAACCUAAUAAAAUAUAUUGAUUUAAAAUAAAUACCUACUUACCUAAUAUAUUCUACCAGGUACAUGAAUAAAUAAAAUACUUUAUAACAAUACACUUAUAAGUAU